CAGGAAUGCGUGGUCGCCUCGUCUGUCAACCCCGUUAAGCCUCUUCCACAAUUCCCGCAUCCCACAUCGCAUCUUGCAUUUUGCAUCUUGCAGCUUCCGACUCUUCUCGACUCGACUCCCGAGUCUCUCUUCUGUUUCUUCUUCGCAUCCCUUUUUUCCCCACCACCGAUCUCCCAGACCGGUUAGCGUGGCUGACUGGGCUGCUCGACACUUUCCUGACGGGUCAUAGUCGGUGCUCUCUCCCUAGCUAACGCAGCCGCUGCGCCAGCGCUAAGUCCAAUAGGGGACUUUUCGUACGGUCGUCCCUCCAUUCUUCCUUUCCCCUUGAUCAACACCGUUUUUCUUGGGGCACUUUCGAUCGUUUGCCAUUUCACUCACCUUCACACUCUCUCUGGACUCAAGACUACUUGGGGUUUAGUGUCCCGCGACUCGCCUGAAACGUCGCCUUCUGCCCUGUCGAUCCUCCGAUUUUCGAGACGCCAGAAAAAGAGGGGGGGGGGAAACCCGAACCUCACGCUACCACAACACACACUUUCCUACAACUGCUUCUUCUCCUUCUCACGCCUGAGCCUUCGCCUGGAUUGGUUUCGCGCAAAGACAGCUUGUGGGACCGGAUCAUGAGGGACUUGCUGAUUCCACUCUACCGAUAGCCUUGUUUUACCCUUUCCUUGAUCGGAUGGAAUCGACCGCCUGAAUUUGAACAUAACCUUUUCCUUUGCAAAUUACUGGCUCCAACAAGCCAUCGACACGUGAAAAUCAACUUGUCAAGCACGGGUGGCUGACACUGGGAUCAUAACGUACGCCUCAGCUGCAAUCCUGGUCGCCUAGACGCCCACGCUGACGUUGAAUAUUCGACAGCUGAUCAAACAACGUUGGACCAUAUCGCAUUGACGCGACACAACGACCCGGCGAUUUCCUUUUCUCUCAUCAAGCCUUUCACGCACACGACGGAGGCCUGGCUUACUCGAUUGCCGCCCAACAUGCCUUCUCGCAAUUCUACCCUGCCCAAUCUCGACCUUAAGUCGCUUAAGGUCGACCUGAACAACGGCAAAUUGUCCGCCCCUCUCUCCCCGGGGGCUCAGAGCUCCGAUGGGCUCAGCCCCUUGACGCCGCGCUCGCCAAAAUCCCCCUCCAGCUCUAUGUUCCUCAGGGGUGCUACCAUUCGUCCCGUCACCCAAGACUCUAGCAGCAAGGGCAAUAGCCCGGUCCUUGCACCCAAGUCUCCUGGUCUUUCGGCCACCGAACCCGGCCCCGAACCUUCCACACCCGGAUUUACUGCCAUUCCUCAAUAUUUCCCCUCUCCUAAAGACUCCGGCAAGGCAUCACACGCCCGCGACGCCUCCAAAUCGUUUUUCGGCAAUCUCAAAGCACCCAAGCCGUCCCACCGAGCACAGCGAUCAGAUAGCUCGGAGAACUCCACAGAACCCCCCAAGAGCCGAGGUAGCUCCAGAGACCGGAAGACGGCGCCGAAGUUCUACGAGUCCACUCCCGACUUGCCUGGCGCCCUCGCCAAGGCAGGCGAGAGCGAGAAGAAUGGAAACGGUGUUAGUGACAAAGCUGACCAGCCAAUUGGCCCUAAGAAGACCAAUACCGAGGUGGAUUCUGCGCCAUUGAAAAAGAGCAAGCCCCGAUUCGCAAACCUUCUCACUAGAUCGCGAUCUAUUCGAGUUGAUGAAUCGUCUGGAAACCGAGCCGCCGGUCGACGACCGUCUACGGGCCUGGCCAAGUUAGAGGAGUUCAAAUCGACAGAGGUAUCCAGCGUACCGCGCUCAGCUACCGCUCGUCCUGAGCGCCAGGUUGAAGGAGGAUUGCAUCCACCCCCACGAUACACGGAUUCUGCUCCUCUCAGAAAGGAAAAGAGCCAUGGCGGGUCCAUGGUUAAUUCUGCAUCAUUGAGCCAAGUCUCUGGUGCAUCAGCCGCAAUCUUCAACAAUCUCAAGCAGUCAUCAAGCGGGGCCGCGGAUCGCAUUGGCAAGGCAGGCAAGGGCUUCUUCGGCAAGAUCACUAGGAGUGGUAGCACGAAUGAGCGGGAGCUGAUCAACGAUGAUAACUAUGUGUGCUCGGUGAUCAACCUUCCCCUCAUCGAGCAGGCGAGGAAGACCCGUAUCGCGAAAACGCUGGAUGGUUGCCGGGACAAGACCGAGUUUUGGAUGCCCGCGCUCCCCUACCGCUGUAUUGACUAUCUCAACUACAAGGGCUGUGAGGAAGAGGGUCUCUAUCGAGUACCAGGUAGUGGCCGCGAGGUGAAGCAUUGGCAGAGGCGGUUCGAUUCGCAAUUAGACGUCAGCCUCUUCGAUGUACCGGAUCUUUACGAUAUCAACACAGUUGGAUCAUUGUUCAAGGCCUGGCUUCGUGAAUUGCCAGACGAACUCUUCCCGAAAGCCACCCAGGACAUGAUCGCCGAGAAGUGUGAGGGUGCCACCACGGCUCCACAACUGCUCAAGGACGAGCUGUCCAAACUUCCACCCUACAACUACUACCUUCUCUUCGCCAUCACUUGUCACCUGAACCUCCUCCACUCCUAUGUCGAUCAGAACAAAAUGGAUUACCGGAACCUCUGCAUCUGUUUCCAGCCUUGCAUGAAAAUUGAUGCUUUCUGCUUCCAGUUUUUGGUCUGUGACUGGAAGAAUUGCUGGCAGGGCUGCUGGACCGAGAAGGAGUACAUCCAGAAGGAGAAAGAGAUGGACGAAUUGGAGAGGCAGGCCUCGGAACAGAAGGAAGCCAAGGUCCAGGCUGAGCCCUCCCAUUCGUCAUCCAAACACGAACGAGCUGUCUCCUCCGGCUCUAGCUCCAAGUCCGAGGAGGAAAAGCCUCGCCCUGAAGCGUCUCGGGGCCGAAAGGCUAAACCGAAAAACAUUGAAAUCACACACAAUCGAAGCAUCUCCCAGCUUCCAGAGCUUGGCCCGCCUCUGUCGCCUAUCAAGAUUUAGAGCCGGCGUCUCUCUCUUACUUGCCUACAGGCUUGCUUGAAAGAUUUCUAUGAUAUUCAACUUACGGCACUUGUGUUGCCCUCUCUGGACUUGCCUUGAGGCGUCUCAGUUAGGGCCCUUUACCAUUUCGGCUGGACCGAUCAUACAUCCGUCCACGAGACUUUGGCUACCUUUUGGGCCAUGCAUCACCAGUCGGUGAUUAAUGGCGACCACGAAUUACAGACAUCUCGCAUCACCUUUCAUCUUGCUUUACCCGAUCUCUUUACUCAUCCCUCUACUGGGUGCUGCUUGGUUCCCCUGAGCCGUGCUUCGGCUUCGGACCAGCAUCCCCUCGGAGUGCAUAUUUUGGCGUCUCCGGCAUUGAUUUUUUUUUCAUUUUUUCCACAUCAUCUUCAUUCUUGAUCCUCCAUUUACGCUUCUCUUGCUCGUUGUACAUGUUGAUUUCGCACCGUACAGUCUGACCCUGGCGAAAUAUGGCUCUCAUUUAGUUGCCUUAUCUCUGUCUAUCUGAAUCUUGUCCUGUCAUGCGCUGCCUUAUAUGCCUCGUUUGGCAGCAUUUCAAAUAUCCACACCCCCAACCCCUCUUUGAGUCCCUGUGCUUUUUCAUGCUGCUGCUCCUUCUAGAUUCCCCGCUGUGGCUCUUACUAUCUUGUCAUUCGUGCCUUGAGUUUCUUGUUCAUUCGCACCGUUUGAAUGGUCCCUUCUAUGUUGUGUCUUAUUGUCUGUGUUUGGCGUUCUCAUUCGAGGCUUGUACAAUAGCGGCAGUGGGAUGGCAUUUUCGGUUGAAUGAAGAACCUUUUUGGGUUUCCCAUAAUU